AGCCAAUACCGUCUCCGUCCCUAAAACUCAGUGCCGCAAAUGGUGCACCAGUCAAAGUUUUAGGAUUUAUUUCGUUCGUUGUUCGGUUGGGAGACGUGUCCCGCCGAAUCGAUGCGUUGGUCGUACCAUCGCUCGGUCCUGAUCAAAUACUCCUAGACAAUGAGGCAAUGACUCGGUUUGGGGCAGUACUUGACUGGAAAAAUGAACGUUUGACUUUUGAGUGUAGUGACACUAUUGUCCCCGCUAUUCAUCGUAAACAAUCUCAACAUGGUUAUGAUCCGUCGCCGUCCCCCCGUGUUGCAGCCGUUCAUCGAAAUGCGGAAGAACACUCAGUCAAAUAACGUCAACGAACAGCUUCACGUCCAUGCUGUUGCCUUGUCUCCAAAAACCGCGAGUGAAAUUGCUGCUGCUAAAGCUGAGCUGGGAAAACCGCUGUCGAAAGCGUUCGCAAAUUUCACGUUCACUAAGGAACAGCAAACUCGUAUUUUGGACCUGAGCGCAAAAUAUCGUCCCGUUUUUUCGCUGAAUCGUAAGGAGCUUGGUAAAUGCACAACUGCUCAAGCCACGUUUCCUAUGCCGCCUAACACAAAACCGGUUAACCGUCGUCCCUACCGCGCAAACCCGCACACUGAAGCCGUUAUCCAAACGUGCGUUAAGGACAUGCUUGACGAUGACAUCAUCGAAGAGCUGCCUAGUCAGUGGGGUUCCCCCGUUACUCUCGUCGCGCGUAAAGAUGGUAAACCUCGUUUUUGCGUCGAUUUCCGAAGCACCGUCAACAAGCACCUCAUUCGCAAGACCUGGCCUCUAGCGAACAUGGAGUCCAACCUUGACUCUGUCGGCAGCGCCAAGUUCAUCAGCGUUGCAGACGUCCAGUCAGCGUACUGGCAGAUUCCUGUUCAUCCUGACCACGUCGAAAGGACAGCCUUUGUCACCAACUCUGGCAAGUACUGUUACAAGCGGAUGCCGUUUGGUGUUUGUAAUGCCCCAUGGAUUUUUACUGAGAUGGCCCAUAAAACGUUAGGUCAUAUUCCCGAACUGUUGAUUUACAUGGAUGAUUUCUGUGUGCUUUCAGCAACUUUCGAGAAUCAUAUGAAGUCUUUGGAGAGCAUGUUCGUAGCUCUCCAAGCAGCAGGUCUGACAUUGAAACCUUCGAAGAUUUCGUUUGGCCCCAAGUCCAUCGAGUAUUUGGGACAUAUUAUUUCGGCUGAAGGUAUUUCUGUCGGGAAGGAUCGUAUCAAAGCCGUCCAAAACCUUCCUACUCCUCGUUGCCUGAAAGAUCUUCGCUCAGUACUCGGGGUGGUUAAUUUUGUGCGCCGGUUCAUACCGGAUUAUGCAGAAAUAACCAAUCCGUUGGUGGAGUUAACUCGCAAAGAGUACGCCACAAAAUCACGUUUCGUAAAAGCUUGGAACAAAUCGCACGACGCAUCGUUCGCUCAUCUAAAGCGGUUAUUAACUUCAGCGCCCGUUCUACACUUCCCAGACUUCGAUCGGGAAUUCGUAGUUCAUGUGGAUGCAUCCGAACAUGGGUGUGGCGCGUUUCUUGCCCAGCCGUCCAAGGCUGAUCCAGAAUCUCUUGACAUGAUUGCGUAUUAUAGUCAUAGAUUCAAACAUGGACAGCGUCAUUACUCUGCGUCUAUGAAAGAGUGUUGCGGUGUGGUUCUUGCAAUUUCGCAUUGGCGACCGUACUUAUUUGGGAAACACUUUACGGUGAUCACGGAUCAUCAAGCGUUGACUCAUCUUUUUUAUAUGCAAGACACCAGCAACAUGCUCACUCGUUGGGCUAUCGCUCUUCAAAAUUAUGAUUUUACCGUCAAACACGUAGCAGGAAAAUUGAACGUCGUACCCGAUACGUUAUCUCGUUUAUUUGGCGAAAUCGAGUCCGAAACCAUAUCACACAAACCGGCCCUAGCGUCGAUUUGUAGGAAUGUGCCGAGUGAUCGUCCGUACCAUCCUCCUGGCCCUCGUGACUACGAAAUUUCUGCCGAUUCGUUGAACGAUGUUGAUAUCGUCCAUAACGACAACGAACUGUUUGCUAGUGCUGUAUCGUUAUUUCCUGUACUGGAUCCCGCUAAAUUGCGAAGAGAACAGUACAAAGAGUUCGGUCCGUAUAUCGACUACGUCAAGAAACCCAAAACAGCACCGUUACCGUCUAGCGAAAAUAAAGGCACCAUGAGUAAUUACUUCUUGAAUGAGAACGUUUUAUUCAGGUCGUACUUACCAGGGCUCUCGUAG